CAACAGAGGCAGGCAGACAGCUCAGCACAGGGCUGCUAUGAGAGCGGACACAUUUUCACGCCUCUGGCUCUGGCCAACAGCACGGGUCACAGUUCAUUGGUCGUAGGGUCACUGAGUCACAGGAGGCCAAGAGCCUGUCCCUGACCACUGUGAUCCAAAUCGUUAUGACACUGAGACACCACUCUGUCAUCACUCUAUAAACUGGCCAAUCACCGGGCGAGGACUUACCAGUCAGCCAAUCAGAGGGGGGCCACAUGGUGAGGACCGCCCUGUCCUCAUCUGUUUAAUCCAUUCCCCAUUCUCUAUCUCUCUCUCUCUGUGUCUCUCUCUCUCUCUUUCUCUGUCUCUGUUCCCUCAUUAUCUCUCUCUCACUGCCUCCCUCUCUCCAGCUUUCUCUCGCUCAAAGCUAUAGGGGUUAGAGGUCAGAUUGCUUUUGUGUUUAGUCUUAUUUUGGUCUCCUUUCUUUGACUGUGGUGAUGGGGGCAGUUAAGCAGCAGUGGAUGAGUGAAUAGCUGCAUGGCAUAUGUCUUUGUUCUUUCUCUGCCCUUUGCUCCUUACAAACAGGGCUACCGAGAAUACAAAACCCUCUCCCGGAGCCAUGGAAGGGUUUCAACAUAUUUUCCCGUGUAGUUCCUUGUACUGCAUCUCCUGGAGUGGUGUUUGCCUUGACCUGCAUGGUGUGGAACCAUGGAGCCAGGAUGGCAUGCUCUGCUCAAGGACAAUCAAUUACACAACACUCUUAGCUAGGAUUCUGUUACUGGCACAUCAUGAUCCAUUUAAUCUGCCUGUGAAGGUCAUUAUGCAGGCAAUCAUAAAGUAUUUGGCAAAACGCUGUAUAACAUGUAUAAUCACCAUUCACACAAUGCCACUUCAUAGCUAUCAAUUCCCUUUUCAUAAAGUCAUGUCUAACACGUCAGUUCACACGUAGUGGCUUUGUGCUCCUCUCCUCGUCCAGUUGUAGCAUGUCAGUACCACAGGUAUUAAUCACUGCCGGCAUUGUUUACGGUCCACCCAUGCAGUAACUAUCAAGCCCAAACUACCAAUUAACCAGCAAACAGAGAGGCAGGCAGGCAGGCAGAUGAGUGUGUGUGUCUCGUAAAGCAGUAGCUAGGCCUCAGACCCACAGAUAACAGAGUGCUGUUCUGCUACCAGUGUGCCCAGGGUUUUAUGUGCCUGUAAAAACACCAGCAACACCCAUUAGCUGUCCAACACUGAUAUGGUGAAGGAGAUAAUAGGUUUAUGAGGUGGUAACAGGUUUUAGCAUAUAAACUACCAGUCAAAAGUUUGGACACACCUACUCAUUCAAGGGUUUUUCUUUAUUUUUACUAUUUUCUACAUUGUAGAAUAAUAGUGAAGACAUCAAAACUAUGAAAUAGCACAUAUGGAAUCAUGUAGUAACCAAUAAAGUGUUAUUGUAUAUUUUAUAUUUGAGAGAUUAUUCAAAUAGCCACCCUUUGCCUUGAUGACAGCUUUGCACACUCUUGGCAUUCUCUCAACCAUUUUAAAGAGAUAGUCACCUGGAAUGCAUUUCAAUUAACAGGUGUGCCUUCUUAAAAGUUAAUUUGUGGAAUUUCUUUCUUCUUAAUGCGUUUGAGCCAAUCAGUUGUGUUGUGAGAAGGUGGGGGGGGAUACAGAAGAUAGCCCUAUUUGGUAAAAGACCAAGUCCGUAUUAUGGCAAGAACAGCUCAAAUAAGCAAAGAGAAACAACAGUCCAUCAUUACUUUAAGACAUGAAGGUCAGUCAAUACGGAUAAUUCCAAGAACUUUGAAAGUUUCUUCAAGUGCAGUUGCAAAAAACAUCAAGCGCUAUGAUGAAACUGGCUCUCAUGAGGACCGCCACAGGAAUGGUGGUGAGUGUGCAAAGCUGUCAUCAAGGCAAAGGGUGGCUAUUUGAAGAAUCUCAAAUAUAAAUUGUAUUUUGAUUUGUUUAACACUUUUUUGGUUACUACAUGAUUCCAUAUGUGUUAUUUCAUAGUUUUGAUGUCUUCACUAUUAUUCUACAAUUGAGAAAAUAGUAAAAAUAGAGAAAAACCCUUGAAUGAGUAGGUGUGUCCAAACUUUUGACUGGUACUGUAUAUAUAUACAAAAAAAACUAUUCCUCGAUUUCACUCUUUGCUUCUCUGUCUCACUUGCCUCAUCCAUCCCUCCAUCCCUCCCUCCAUCCCACUCUCUCUCUGUCCUGCAGGGUUUCUGAGUACCGGGGACCAGUCAGCCAAGGGGAACUAUGGUCUGUUGGACCAGAUCCAGGCUCUGCGCUGGCUCAAUGAGAACAUUGGCCACUUUGGAGGAGACCCAGAGAGGAUCACCAUCUUUGGCUCCGGGGCUGGAGCCUCCUGUGUCAAUCUGCUCAUCCUCUCCCACCACUCUGAGGGUAAGGACCUAUCAUCAUCGUUUUAGUAAUUAUCAACAACAGCAGCAUAAUCAUCAUCACCAACAUCAUCAAACAUGAUAUUCAUCAGUCAUCCUCUACAAUAACAGCGAUCUCAUCAUCACCGUCACUGCUUUUUAAGCGCCUUGAGAUGUAUUUACUUGUAUGUGCUGUGUACUGCAAUUCAGCGUUUAGCUGCCAAGUACGGCUUACACGUAAAAAUGUAAUAAACUACUACUAAAACGAAUCUACGACAGCAAUCCCCACCAUCACUAUCAAUCCUAUCAUCAUUAUCAAUCCUAUCAUCACUAUCAAUUCUGUCAUCACUAUCAAUUCCGUCAUCACUAUCACACCUAUCAUCACUAUCAAUUCUAUCAUCAAUAUCAAUCCUAUCAUCACUAUCAAUCCUAUCAUCACUAUCAAACCUAUCAACCCUAUCAUCACUAUCAAUUCCAUACAUCAUCAAUCCUAUCAUCAUUAUCACAAAUGUCAUUUUGAUCAUCACUACCAUAGCAACAUCCAAGAUGUUUUAAAUGUACUUUUCGGGUAUGUGUCACAAUGGAAACCCAGAGAGGUGUUCUUAAAGACAAACGUCCCUCUUGCCUCAGUUACAUAGUGUCUAACUGAGCAACAAGGUAGAAUGGCAUUGAACCCUAAGAUGAUGUGUGAAGUUGAAUGAGGUAGAGUAUUAUUGGAUAAAACUUUAGGGCCAUAUGAAUAUGAAUAUGACUAUCUGAAACAUAGAAUCGGUUCGUAGAAUCCGAUCAAUAGGCAUAAGACAGCCGUAUGAAUUUGACUUGGGUAUAGGAGAUAGGAAUAGGAAUCUCAGUUUGUGUAGCUAUGUAAGGGAGAGACUGGCGUUUGAGUCAGGUCUUUGUGACUGAGUUCAUAUAGAUGUGUGUCUGUGUAUGUGAGAGAGGUGUUCGACAGCACUAUAAUGAGGCUUGGAAAUAUGGAUGUCUGUCUGUCUGAGUAGGAAAGAGCAGAGCUGAGCUCAGGACUUGAGCCGCAGCUGAGACGAGUCUUAAUUGAUUUCACAUGGAGAGGAGCAGGGGAGGGGGCACAUGCAGGGGAUGGAAUGGAGGGCAGGGGGUCUUAAUUAUUAAUGACAGAAUCUUCAGAUGAAAACAGGGGGACAACAAAGCACUUUACAUAACACUGCAGCAGUGCUCUCCUCUCUCUAUCUCCCUCUCUCACCAUUUAACACAGCCACCAGUCAGUGUUAACGCCAACACGGCUGUGUGACGGCCUGUCACCAUUUUCUUGUCGCUGCCUCCGUAUGUGAUGUGAGGAAACCAGCGGAUUUGCCAAGCCUAAUGUUUACAAUGAUUUAGUGGGGCUUUGGAGAGAGGCAGUGUAUCUGGAACAAUGCUCCCUCCAUAUGUAAUACUUCACGGUGCCACGGUGGUGGCUCCUCCUCUGACGCAUCAUUUAAAGCACUCACUCUGUAUUGCCUUAAAGGCCUCGUGAACAGCUAGUGACUGAGUCAGAGGGAUAAAAAGCCAGUGUUAAUGGAAAGAGUGAGUGCUUUCUCUAGAUACAGACAGUACAGUGCCCUAUAUCCUGUGCAUUCUGAAAGUAUUCAGACCCCUUCACUUUUUCCACAUUUUGUUACGUUACAGCCUUAUUCUAAAAUUGAUUAAAUAAAACAUUUUCCUCAUCAAUCUACACACAAUAUCCCAUAAUGACAAAGUGAAAACAGGUUUUUAGAAAUGUAUUAAAAAUAUAAAACAGAAAUACCUCAUUUACAUACACUACCAGUCAAAAGUUUGGACACACAUACUCAUUCAAGGGUUUUUCUUUAUUUUUACUAUUUUUGACAUUGUAGAAUAAUAGUGAAGACAUCAAAACUAUGAAAUAACACAUAUAUAUAACACAUUUGUAGUAACCAAAAAAGUGUUAAACAAAUCAAAAUAUUUUUUUAUAUUUGAGAUUCUUCAAAUAGCCAUAAUUUGCCUUGAUGACCGCUUUGCACACUCUUGGCAUUCUCUCAACCAGCUUCAUGAGGUAGUCACCUGGAAUGCAUUUCAAUUAACAGGUGUGCCUUCUUAAAACUUAAUUUGUGGAAUUUCUUUCCUUCUUAAUGCGUUUGAGCCAAUAAGUUGUGUUGUGACAAGGUAGGGGGGUAUACAGAAGAUGGCCCUAUUUGGAAAAUGACCAAGUCCAUAUUAUGGCAAGAGCAGCUCAAAUAAGCAAAGAGAAACGACAGUCCAUCAUUACUUUAAGACAUGAAGGUCAGUCAAUACGGAACAUUUCAAGAACUUUGAAAGUUUCUUCAAGUGCAGUCGCAAAAACCAUGAAGCGCUAUGAUGAAACUGGCUCUCAUGAGGACCUCCACAGGAAUGGAAGACCCAGAGUUAACUCUGCUGCAGAGAAUAAGUUCAUUAGAGUUACCAGCCUCAGAAAUUGCAGCCCAAAUAAAUGCUUCACAGAGUUCAAGUCACAGACACAUCUCACAUCAACUGUUCAGAGGGGACUGUGUGAAUCAGGCCUUCAUGGUCGAAUUGCUGCAAAGAAACCACUACUAAAGGACACCAAUAAGAAGAAGAGACCUGCUUGGGCAAAGAAACACGAGCAAUGGACAUUAGACCGGUGGAAAUGUGUCCUUUGGGCUGGAGUCCAAAUUGGAGAUUUUUGGUUCCAACUGCUGUGUCUUUGUGAGACACGGUAUGGGUGAACGGAUGAUCUCUGCAUGUGUAGUUCCCACCGUAAAGCAUGGAGAAGGAGGUGUUAUAGUGUGGAGGUGCUUUGCUGGUGACACUGUCUGUGAUUUAUUUAGAAUUCAAGGCACACUUAACCAGCAUGGCUACCAUAGCAUUCUGCAGUGAAACGCCAUCCCAUCUGGUUUGGGCUUAGUGGGACUAUCAUUUGUUUUUCAACAGGACAAUGACCCAACACACCUCCAGGCUGUGUAAGGGCUAUUUUACCAAGAAGGAGAGUGAUGGAGUGCUGCAUCAGAUGACCUGGCCUCCACACUCCCAUGGUUUGGGAUGAGUCGGACGGCAGAGUGAAGGAAAAGCAGCCAACAAGUACUCAGCAUAUGUGGGAACUCUUCAAGACUGUUGGAAAAGCAUUCCAGGUGAAGCUAGUUGAGAGAAUGCCAAGAGUGUGCAAAGCUGCCAUGAAGGCAAAGAGUGGCUAUUUGAAGAAUCUCAAAUAUAAAAUAUAUUUUGAUAUGUUUAACACUUUUUUGGUUACUACAUGAUUCCAUAUGUGUUAUUCAUAGUUUUGAUGUCUUCACUAUUAUUCUACAAUGUAGCAAAGAGUAAAAAUAAAGAAAAAACAUUGAAUGAGUAGGUCUGUCCAAACUUUUGACUGGUACUUUAAAUAUUCAGACCCUUUGCUAUGAGACUCGAAAUUGAGCUCCGGUGCAUCCUGUUUCCAUCGAUUAUCCUUGAGAUGUUUCUACAACUUGAUUGGACAUGAUUUGGAAAGGCACACACCUGUCUAUAUAAGGUCCCACUGUUGUCAGUGCAUGUCAGAGAAAAUCCAAGCCAUGUGGUUGAAGGAAUUGUCCAUAGAGCUCUGAGACUGGAUUGUGUUGAGGCACAGAUCUGGAGAAGGGUACCAAAACAUUUCUGCAGCAUUGAAGGUCCCCAAGAACAUGGUGGCCUCCAUCAUUCUUAAAUGGAAGAAGUUUGGAACCACCAUGGCUCUUCCUAGAGCUGGCCGCCCGGCCAAACUGAGCAAUCGGGGGAGAAGGGCCUUGGUCAGGGGGGUGACCAAGAAACCGAUGGUCACUCUGACAGAGCUCCAGAGUUCCUCUGUGGAGAUGGGAGAACCUUCCAGAAGGACAACCAUCUCUGCAGCCCUCCACCAAUCAGGCCUUUAUGGUAGUGUGGCCAGAUGGAAGCCAUUCCUCAGUACAUUUACAUUUACAUUUUAGUCAUUUAGCAGACGCUCUUAUCCAGAGCGACUUACAGUUAGUGAAUACAUAUCUUUUUUUUCAUACUGGCCCCCCGUGGGAAUCGAACCCACAACCCUGGCGUUGCAAACGCCAUGCUCUAUCAACUGAGCUACAUCCCUGCCGGCCAUUCCCUCCCCUACCCUGGACGACGCUGGGCCAAUUGUGCGCCGCCCAUGAGUCUCCCGGUCGCGGCCGGCUGCGACAGAGCCUGGUAAAAGGCACAUGACAGCCCACUUUACAAAAAGACACCUAAAGGACUCUCAGACCAUGAAAAAAAAUAUUCUCUGGUCUGAUGAAACCAAGAUUGAACUCUUUAGCCUGAAUGACAAGCGUCACGUCUGGAGGAAACCAGGCAUCACUUAUCACUUAGCCAAUACCAUCCCUACAGUGAAGCAUGGCGGUGACAGCAUCAUGCUGUAGGGAUGUUUUUCAGCGGCAGGGACUGGUAGACUAGUCAGGAUUGAGGGAAAGAUGAACGGAGCAAAGUACAGAGAGAUCCUUAAUGAAAACAUGCUCCAGAGCGAAGGUUCACCUUCCAACAGGACAACGACCCUACGCUCACAGCCAAGACAACGCAGGAGUGGCUUUGAGACAAGUCUCUUAAUGUCCUUGAGUGGCACAGCCAGAGCCCGGACUUGAACCCAAUCUAACAUCUCUCGAAAGACCUGAAAAUAGCUUGAGAGGAUCUGCAGAGAAGAAUGGGAGAAACUCCCCAUUCAGGUGUGCCAAGCUUGUAGUGUCAUUCCCAAGAACACUCAACGCUGUAAUCACUGGUGCUUCAAUAAAGUACUGAGUAAAGGGUCUGAAUACUUAUAUAAAUGUGAUAUUUCAAUUUUUUAUUUUAAUAAAUAUGUUGAAAAAAAAAAAAAAAGUUUGUUCUUUGUCAUUGUGGGAUAUUGUGUGUAGAUUGAUGGGGGGGGGGGGGGGGAUUUAAUCAAUUUUGGAAUAAGGCUGUAACGUAACACAAUGUGGAAAAAGUGAAGGGGUCUGAAUGCACUGUAUAUUCUACACUCUGGGAUCUACACAUUCUGCACUACACUGAGUCCUCUGACCCUCUUGUGUCCCCCAGGUCUGUUCCAGAGGGCCGUAGCCCAGAGCGGCUCAGCCAUCUCCAGCUGGUCGGUCAACUACCGGCCCCUUAUGUACACUCAGAUCCUGGCUAAGAAGGUAGGCUGCAGCUAUGGGGACACAGGCGACCUGGUGGAGUGUCUGAGGAGGAAGAGCUUUAGGGAGCUGGUGGACCAGGACAUCCAGCCGGCCAGGUAUCACAUCGCCUUCGGCCCAGUGGUGGAUGGAGACGUGGUUCCCGACGACCCCGAGAUUCUCAUGCAACAGGUCAGACUCAGCCUCUGGCUCCAGUCACCAUGAAAAAAUAUAUAUAUUUAUUCCUCACAGUCUCUUAUGUAUGUGGCAUGUUUAUGCAACGUCUGCUAUUACUGUUGUUAUAGCAGUGUCUUUUUCUUCCUCCAUGAUCUGUAAUGCUGUGUGUGUGUGUUGCCACCAGGGGGAGUUCCUGAACUAUGACAUCCUGCUAGGGGUGAACCAGGGAGAAGGGCUGAAAUUUGUGGACGACAGUGAGGGGGAAGAUGGAAUCUCUGCAGCUUCCUUCGACUACACCAUCUCUAACUUUGUGGACAACCUGUAUGGAUACCCUGAGGGUGAGAGUUCGUUAUACAUGUCCUCAUACACACAAACAUAUUAGUCACCCCAACAGGAGCAGAAGUAAUGCUCCAGUUACCCAUGUGUGUUAAGAAUAGAUAUAUAUUUUAUUUUGCUAUGGUUUAGUAUUUCAUUGCUGGGUAUUCAAGGUCUCUCUGUUCCUUCACCUCCCCAUCUCUUGUUGCUCUCUCUUUCUCUCUCCGCUUUCUCUGUGUGUCUCUCUCUAAUCUCUCUCUCGGUCUCUCCCCUCUCUCUCUCUCUCUCCUCUCUCUCUCUCUCUCUCUCUCUGUGUCUCUCUCUAAUCUCUCUUGCUUACUUUCUUUCUGUCUCUCUUUCUCUCUCUCCCCCCUCUCUGUCUCUCCCCCCUCUCUCUGUUUGUCUCUCUCUAAUCUCUUGCUUUCUUUCUUUCUUUCUCUCUCUCUCGCUCGCUCUCUCUCUCUCUCUCUCUCUCUCUCUCUCUCUCUCUCUCUCUCUCUCUCUCUCUCUCUCUUUCUCACUCUCUCUCUCUCUCUGUCUCCCCCUUCUCUCUGUUUGUCUCUCUCUAAUCUAUCUUGCCUUUCUUUCUCUCUCUCUCUCUCUCUCUCUCUCUCUCUCUCUCUCUCUCUCUCUCUCUCUCUCUCUCUCUCUCUCUCUCUCUGUCUCUGUCUCUCCCCCUCUCUCUAUGACCCCCCCGCUCUCUCUGUUUGUCUCUCUCUCUCUAAUCGCUCUUUCUUUCUCUCUCUCUCUCUCUCUCUCUCACUCUCUCUCUCCCCCCUCUCUCUGUGUGUGUCUCUCUCUCUCCCCCUCGCUCUGUGUCUCUCUCUAAUCUAUUUUGCUUGCUCUCUCUCUCUCUCUCUCGCUCUCUCUCUCUCUCUCUCUCUGUCUCUGUCUCCAGGUAAGGACAUCCUGAGGGAGACCAUAAAGUUCAUGUACACAGACUGGGCCGACAGGGACAACGGAGACAUGGGAGGAAGACCCGUGGGUUUCACGCCACCAGUGGGUGCGCCAGCUGUGCCCAGCCAAAAUUGCACGCUGGUUCCGUCGUCUAUUCUCCCCUUCCCCCCCAUGCCAGGGACGGAGGCCCCCCCCUUUGGGGGAGCGGGCCCCGGGGGGUGAGUGCCCUACGUGUUUUGGGGGCCCCCUGGGGGGGGCCACGCCCCUUUUUCCCCGUAAAAAUUUCCAAGAACGCUCUGCUCGGCGUGGUCGCCCCCCCCGGACCAACUUUGCCAAGACCGGGUCAGUACUGGACCUAGAAGGACCUAGCCCACAAGCACUGAGAUAUCAAAUUAUAAACAUGCUUUAUCAGAUGCAUACAGUACAUGAAUCAUAGGGUGAAAUCUUCAUCUUCUUCUCUUGGAUUUUGGUCCCCUUUUCUUCUGCUCUCUCUCCCUCUUAUCUCUGGGUCUCCUCUCUCUCAUGUUCUUCCCCUUCCCUCUCUCCUCUCCCUCUCUCUUUCUCUCUCUCUACUCCCUCCCUCUCUCUUUCUCUCUCUCUCUCCCUCCCCCCAUAAGGGAUCCCAACCUGCCUGUUCCUCAGGACACUAAGUUCAUCCACACCAAGCCCAACCGCUUUGAGGAGGUCAUCUGGACCAAGUUCAGCUCCAAAGACAAGCAGUACCUCCACAUUGGCCUGAAGCCCCGUGUCCGAGACAACUACCGGGCCAACAAGGUGGCCUUCUGGCUGGAGCUGGUACCUCACCUGCACUCCCUGCAUGAGGACAUCUACCCCAUCACCACCCGCCUGCCGCCUGGAGGAGGAGGUCCCCGUGUCCACCGGCCUGGCCCCCCAGGGGCUCGCUCCACCCGUCACCCCGUCAUCUCCACCAACCCCCCCGAACCUGAGCCAGACCCCUCCGAGCCGCCCCGCCGCAACCCGUUCCCCGACGAGAUAAGGGACUACUCCACGGAGCUGAGUGUGACGGUGGCGGUGGGCGCCUCGCUGCUCUUCCUCAACGUGCUGGCCUUCGCAGCCCUCUACUACAAACGGGACAAACGCCACGAGCUGCUGCAGAGACGCCACCGCCGCUUGUCCCCCCAGCGCGGCAUGGGCACCGCCAUGGGCAUGGGCAUGGGCAUGGGAGUGGUGGGCACCCCGUCCCACAAUGACCUGGCACUGAGCCAGGAGGAGGAGCUUAUGUCCUUGCAGAUGAAACAGCAGAGGGUGGAGAUGGAGCAUGGCAUCGGCACACCCCUCCCUUCCCGGGGUCUCCACGGCGACCUAGAGCCUCUACGGGCGCAGGUGGGCCCACCAGACUACACGCUGGCCCUGCGGCGGGCACCGGAGGACGUGCCGCUGAUGACGGCCAACACCAUUACAAUGAUCCCAAGCACCAUCAGCGGCAUGCAGCCCCUCCACCCUUUCAACACCUACCCCCCCGCCCCGGCCCCCUCCACCACUCCCACCCCUGGCCACAGCAACAACGCAUUGCCACACCAACACUCCACUACCCGCGUA